UGUACACAAGCUUGCAGUAGCCAUAUGAUAAAAUGACAAUAGGUGCGACAACACCUGAGCUGCUGUAGUACUUUUACCACCGUAACUUCAUGUCCUGCGUGCUGUCUCCCGGUUGAAGUCGUGAAAAUGGAGGAAGAGGAGCAGCUGCGGUCGUUCAUGUUCCUGAUGACCUACAUGCUGCUGAAGCGCAGGAGAGACAUAAACAACGCAAACACCCAGAGGCGCAAUGAGAUCCAAAGACGCAUCCGACACCGACAGUACUUCUUCCAGAGACAGAGGAGGAUGCUCAUGAUGAUGAUAGCAGGAAGUAUCCGCUCCAACAUCCGCAUCCGCACUCGUCCCUGGACCACCACUCCAAGCACUGAUUGGUGGGAGCGUGUGGUGAUGACAGAAUUCCAGCCCUCUGAUUGGCUGGAUAAGUUCCGCAUGAGCCGGGAGACGUUCUUCUACCUCUGUGACAAACUGAGGCCCCGUCUGGCUCGCCAGGACACCAGCUUCCGCCUGGCGCUGCCUGUGGAGAAACGUGUGGCUGUGGCUUUGUGGCGUCUGGCGUCAAACAUCGAGUACCGCACCAUCAGCACCCUGUUCGGUGUGGGGAAGUCCACUGUUUGCAGGUGUGUUAGAGACAUGUGUCACGCCAUCGUGGCACUCCUCAGCUCAAUCUACCUGCGCCCCCCCGAUGAGCAGGAGCUGGAGGAUUCAGCCCAGCUCUUCCUCUCCCACCUGGGCUUCCCUCACUGUGUCGCUGCCAUCGCAACACUCCACACAGCCAUCAUCACUCCAUCAAACAAUGCAUCUGACUAUGCUAACCCUGCCGGCUGGCUCUCAGUGCUGUCUCAGGUGGCUGUCAGUGGACGGGGGCAAUUCUGGGAUGUGUGUGCCAGUUUCCCAGGUGGGACAGACCCAGCUGACAUCUUACAGAACUCAUCACUGUGGGCCACAGCUGCAGAGGGUGGACUAUCACCAGCCCUGCUACCUAUCUUUGUCGGAAAACCACUUCGGUAUGUGCUGCUGGGGGAGGCCUGCUACCCGCUUCAGACCUGGCUAAUGAAGGCUUAUCCUGAAGAAAAAGGCAGGAGGGCAAGUCACGCAGCACUGACAGAGCCGCAGCGACUCUUUAACCGGCGGAUCACCAGAGCGCUCCGCGUGUCCGAGGAGGCGUUGCUGAGGCUGAGGGCACGUUGGCAGUGCCUGAGCAAGAGGAACGACUGUGGACUGGACGUGGUACCCACCAUGAUCCUGGCUUGCUGCAUUCUGCACAACAUGUGCGAGUCCCACGGUGACGCCUUCAAGGCAGGGUGGCAGGUGGAGGUGGUCGAGGCAGAGAGCCCUCAGCCCAGCCACAAGCAGCUCCUCUCUACCAGUAUGGAUCAAAGUCAUGCUGAGGAGGUUCGACAACUCUUCUGUGACUAUUUUCAACAGCAAAACAAUUGAUAAAGGACUAAUAUUAUUGAUAAUCCUUCUAAACUUUUGUACUCAUGCUAUUAUAUUUUUUGUUACACUACCAGUAUAGCUAUAAAGAUAGCAAUGUCCGUCUGAACUGUCAGUCACAUGUACCUCUAUGCUAACUGUAGCCAGGCAAGUUAAAGCAAGGUAAUAUUAGCAUCUCAAACCUGUAGAACUUAAAUGCACUUCAACCUGAUGCAGUAAAGCUCACACUGAUUAUAAAAAAAAGCCAAACCUGGCAGUGUGGUGCCCUAAAGUCAGAAUACAUCCAUGGAAGAAAAACACUCAACACUCUUGAUUUAGUCAGGAGCCUGUCUUCACUCUGGUGCCACCAUCUGUCCAAACUUCACAUGUUUAGUUCCACUACUGGUAAGGAUGUUAGAACAGUGAAAUAGUCUUUUAUCCAUUUUGUUUUUAAAU